UCGGUUACGUUUGCCGUGAACCGAGAGCCCCCGGAAAAGUAGUGUCGAGGAUUAGAAGUGUUGAGCAGUUAUAUUCAGUACCGAACGGAGUCAGUCAGAAUUCGAAUCGAAAACAGAUCCCAAGUCGGACAAUCCGAUCGGACAUUUCAUAUCCAAAUCCAAAUCCCAAUCCAAUUCAAUUCCAAACUUAAAUUGAAAUUCAAAAUUUUUUUGAAAGACACUGUGUCGCGUGCUCACUGAAAUAUCAACAAAGAAAUCAAGCCGCAGCGGCAGCAGCGAUUUUAUUAAAAAACAAUUACAACACUUGGGCAUCUGCUCUGUACCAUUUCAUCGCGACCUGGAAGGGACCCGUCCAUAUUAGCAGGACCUAGAAAAAGAAAAAAAACCCGAAACGGAAAGAGCCAGGAUGUCGGACAAGCAGCAGGAAAAGGAACCAAUCCCCGAUGAGGAGCAGCAGCAGGAGCAGGAGCACGAGGCUCCUGGCAGCAGACAUGCCUGUUGCGGAUCUGGACCGGAUCCGGAACCGGAAGUGGAAAUGGACGUCGAGGUGGAGGAGGCAUCGGGAUCAGCAAUCGGCGCUGCAGCUGCUGGCGGAUCGGAUGCACCCGCUCCGGCCAAUCCGAAUCCGGGGCUGGAACGCGACAGGGACAGGGACUCGCACGGCGACAGAUCCACUCAUCGUGAUGAGUUUGGAACGCAGCGUGUUUACAAGAAGACCUCGCCAAAUUGUGUGCUGACUUUAUAUUUACCCACUCGCGAGAUAACACUCACCGGAAAUAAUCCGUCCGUUUUGAGGGGCAUCGUCUACGUGGAUCCGAAGGCCAUCCAGGGAUAUCGCGUAUACGCCCAGCUGACGCUGACGUUCCGGUAUGGCCGCGAGGAUGAGGAGGUGAUGGGUCUGCGAUUCUGCAACGAGGCCAUCAUGUCGCUGCACCAGAUUUGGCCACGACUCGAGGAGCCCACGCCCGAGUCCCUCAGUCCACUGCAGGAGGCCUUGAUGAAGCGCCUUGGCGAUGGAGCCCAUCCCUUCACCCUCUCGCUAUCCUCCUACGCCCCACCCAGUGUCCAGUUGGUGCCCGCCAAGCGCUACUACGGAGCACCCAUUGGCACCAGCUACGAUGUCCGCUGCUUCAUCGCGGACAAAACGGAUGAGAAAUUCCAUCGCCGGGCUUCGGUCAAGAUGGGCGUACGGGUCAUCUAUCGCACGGAUGUCUUUCAUCAGCACUUGGCGCCGGAGCAGUAUGCCGCCUUCGCAGGGCGUCAAAAUAACGCCCAAUCGCCGCCGGCCAGUGCCACGCCCCCGUCAUGCGGCGAGGGCGGCGAGCAGCACACCACCCACACCCAUCAGCAAUCGCAAUCGCAGCCCACUAGCGGAUCCAAGCACAAGACGAAGUCCGAGCGCGGUGACUCCUUCCCCAAGUUGCGUCUCUCGCCGAAAUCCUUUCGAUUCAGCGGUCGUUUCGGGCGCAGCAAGAGCGAGAUCGAAAAGUGUCCCAAUGAUCCUUUCCACAGCUACAGCAAGUCCUUCCAGGAGCACUGCGACAGCAUGCUGCCGCCGCACACUGGAGCCGGGGUCACCGGCGGCAUCGGUGGCGUCAGUGUGGGUCCCUGUGGCGGUCCUCAAGGAUCCGUGGACAAGCCCUUCCUGCUGCACGACGGCCGGGUGGGAUUGAGGGCCAGCUUGGACAAGGGCUGGUAUACACACGGCGAGGACGUUCAGGUGACCGUCAAUAUACGCAACGAUAGCCGCAAGACGGUCCGUAAAGUACGGGUCUGCGCCAUCCAGCACGUCGACGUUUGCAUGUUCAACAACGGCAAGUUCAAGAAUGUGGUGGCCGAUUCGGAUAAUGUAACACCGCCGGUGGAUCGCACAGUGGCCGCUGGAGCCUCGUUAAAUACCACGUUGACGCUCCGUCCGCAACGCGGUCCCACCAAGAACUGGAUCGCCCUGGAGGACACAUUGCAGCGGAGCACCGAGCCGGAGGAGAUCACUGGCGCCAUCGCUGCUUCGGCCAUCCGCUCGCCUCACUUUGUGAUGCAGAACGCCCAGCUGUUGGGCGGUUGCGGCCAUCCGUUGGGCAGUCCGGCCCUGGUUACCCCACAUCCACACCUCUGGCAGCCGGGCUCGCAAGGUCAGGGUCAGCCGGGUAAUCCCAACUCCGGCGGCGGCAAUGAGGAGCGCAACGUGUUCGCCAUCUAUGUGUCCUACUACGUCAAGGUGAAGCUCACCCUGAGCGGCAUGGGUGGCGAGCUGUCGCUGAAGUUGCCCUUCGUCCUGGUCCAUGUGGAUGAGACCCAGCGUCCGGGAUUCGCCUCCGCUACGCUGGGCGAGCUGCGUAUGGAGAUGGAGCGUCUGGCCCUACAUGAUGCACCCGUGGGCAAGCGUAAUGGUCGACGCCAGGCACAGCCGACUUCCGCGGAGAUCGGAGAUGGACCCUCCACCAGUGCGGCUGCCGCCGCUGCAGCCGCUGCUGCAAAAUCAGCCACCCAAUCCUCCGGGAAGUCAGGCGGGCAUCUGGACAUGAUUGAGAGCCUGGACGAUGAGUUCAACAUCAGGGUUCCGGUGCCAAGGAACGGCUCCCAUAAGCGGCGUUUGCAGCGCAGCGAGACCUUGGCCCGUGAUCUGGAGGAGCACGAGGAGCAUGGUCCGAUGCCCGAGGAAGAGGACCACAUCGUUCAGAUCCACUUGGAGCAGGUGUCACCGGACAGGGACGAAGUGCAGCAGGAGGAGCGUGUGCAGGAGGAGCAGGUGAGCCACGCACCCGGAGCCGAGACCGGCGCAGUCCCCAAGUCUUCGAAUGUGUGAUUCUGAUUGUGGUCGCAGAUGUUUGCCAAACGCAAGAGGAAGCCGUAGUACCGGAUUCCCCAGCUGGUAGUAUAGGAAUAGUCCAAUGUCCAAUUACCAUUUCCCAGGACGCGAAAAUCGAUCGGACAAUACAGUUUUUUUUCGUUCUUAAACCGAUCAACUAUUUUAUUUAUAUUUUGGUUACAUUUUCUAGAGCAGUUUCCUGUUCUUCUUUUUUAAGACUGUUAAACAGUUUUGUGCUCUAGAAAUAGAAAAAUUCAAACGUCCAAAAACUAUUCAUUUGUGACAAAUAAUAUAACGUAUGUCUAUUGAAUUGCAGGUUUGAAAUUGUUAAAUAAAGACACUUUAGAUUUUUCAAUUCAGCAGCAUUUUAAAAAUAGAAGUUUUCGACUUAAGCUGCUUGAAAUGUUUUAAAACGUUUUUAAAGUAUAAGCACCAACUCUCGUAGUUGCGGCCACUGUAAAUUUUAAUGAAUAACCAUUCAGUUUCGGUUUCAGCAGUCAAAUGUCAGGAGUUAGAAGAUAGGUACAGUACCCAUUAUGAGGGGUGGGCAAUUCGAAAGGGGUCUAUAGGUAUUAAAAAGUAGAUGGUUUCCAAAAUCGGAGAGAUAGAAAUCCAAAAAUUAAUUAGGUGGCAACGGCAUUCCCUAGGAAUUAGACAAUGAAUUGAGGUGAAAUUUUUGCAGUUUGAUUAAAACGGAUGUGAACGAGUUGCGACGAAGCAGUUGAAAUUGAGGUAGUCGUAGAUAUAGUUAAGAUUUAUUAUUUGAUAUUAGCCAUGCAAUGCGUUGAAAUUGAUGAUAUUUUGCGUGGAUUGGCAGGAUAGUGUAGCAAUGUUAUAAAACGGCAUCAACAGUAUUGAAAUUGAAAGGCAAGCCAACCCAAAGCAAAGUCAAAACAUAUAUAUUUACAUAGAUCGUAAGUGAGUGUGGUUCAAAUGAGUUCGAUAUACAACUAAGCAUUAAUUUACAAUAAGAAGUACACGAAAAUGCCAAUUGAAAGCCCAUUUUUCAAAUCGCACAGAUGUCACCACUAUCUAAAUAAUCAUGUAUUUACUGAAUAUUAAAUGUUUGAUGUGUAUUUACAAGACGACAAGGAAAUAUAUUACAGAGGCCAAAGGCACAGGCAAAUACACACACACACACAAAAUUGGGUGUAAAAAUCUCGUUGCGGUUUCAAGCUGACAAAACGUAUUUACAAGUAAUCAACCAACCAACCAACUAAAAAAAACACAAAAUGACAAACACAACACAUAUCUGUGGGUUUUCUGGCUUUUGUUGCCAACUACAAUGUAUUACUGUCGCAAUGUAUUGAUUUAAAUCUAUGGUCAAAUUAGCUGAAUUAAGCAGACAGGUGUCACUCGCUAAGGGUGAUUCUAUAUGAUUGUGGAAGAACUAAUUCUAACGACAAAGUUCCGAACAGUAUGGUAAACACCCACGAAGGAUCGACACUAUAGCUAUAGUUUUUUAAAUCGUAUUGAGACACCUAGUAUAUGUGAAUGAUAAGGUCGGGGAUCCAGAUACCUAAGGUGUUUUGAAUAAAUUGUGGAAAUAUCCUGUUUGAAAGCGGGACAAACUUAAACCACCAAGAAAUGAGAACCUAUGAUAUCGAAGAUUUUUAAUGUUAGCUGUACGAAAAAUCCACAUGAAUACUACGAUGAUGAGAAGGGGAUAAUGAAAAUGGAAAACUGACAACAAUAUUAAUAGUAUUUAUGUGUAUAUGUGUCUAGAGUUAAUGUGCAACAUUGAAACACACUGAAUAAUGAUGAAUUUAUGAAUGCAACACGAUUAGGCAAUCGCUAUGCUCGGCUUACGCAAUCUGUGUGCAGAUCGACAUCCUGAUUGAUAUAGACAUUUAAAUCUAAAUAGAAUUAUAUAUAUAUAUUUAUGUGGGUGUUGCUUUGACAAGCCAAGCUACUACUUCAAUUUCGAAACCAAAAAACAAAAAGAACGCUACACUAACGCAAAGGCGAAAAAAUAAACUUAAAUGUGAUGCAUUUCUAUGAAUACACUAAAUGAAUACAUAACCCUAUAUACAAUCAUAUAUGUAUACACUGUAUCCGAUGGCUAUUUAGUAUUAAGACUCUCGAUCCGCAACCGCAUUCCCUUUACUUUAAGAGCUGGACUCUAAUCGCAGCCAAGGAUUGCGCAAACAUUUCGGUUCCCCUCCUAUCCCAUUCGAUUCCGUUGUCCUUUCUGUCUCCGGAGCUCCAGAGCAGCACAGCCAAUUGAUUAAUGAUGAAUCCUGGCCAUGGUCAGCAAUCGAAAGUGGGUGGAACUCCUACCAUAACCAUGGAUACUGCGCGGUGGACUCUGGGGGCAGACAGGCCGUCCUGGAACAUCUGAGAAUUUAAUGAAAUAAAUGUUAAACAUAAAAUAUCACAAAA